UCCGGGGCGGCUGGGACCUGGGCAGUUACUGCCCUCGGGAGAAGAGCUGAGGCCCCCGAUUCCGGAUGUGAAUGAAGGCGUUUAUAUUCCUAAGGACAAUGGCGACAAGCAGAGAGGAACCCCCCGCCUUGGUCCCAACGGGCCCUCUUUGACGCACCGAGUCGCCUGCCCGCAAGCCGGUUUCCCGGGGGCCCCAGAAGGGUCGAGGGAAGCAGAGAGCAGAGGGGGCGGCGCCCGGCGUCGGGCUGACCCCGAGGCGUCUCCCGUCGCGCACCCGCACCCCUCCCGGGUGACGGCCCUGGCCGGGGGCGGGCGUGCAGCGGGAGGGGACGGCUACCGCGAGCUGGGUGCCCGGGUCCUGCCGAGCGUGGCGCGGAGACAAGAGCCAGGCUAGGGGCCACCGAUGUCUGUCGGGCACCUUCAAUGGAGCUUUGUUCCCGAGAGGGCUCGUCCUUUCUACCCUGGCGCCUCUCUCUGGCUCUGCGACCCUACUCCUUCCUGGAAGGACAGACACCGAUGCAGUCCGUUCGGACGCGACAGGGCUCUGGAGAGGCUGGACCUCUCUGCCCGGGAAGCGAUGGAGGUUCCUAGAUAGGCACGCAGGGCAGCAGGCCCCGCCGGGGGCAGCCGGGCGCCCCGCGGAGGGUCCGGUGUGCGGGGCGCACUGCUGGAGGUCACCUCGGCUUCUGCCCACUCUCCCAUGUACCUCUGGCCUGUUCGCCGGGUUGGGUCGCUGAGCCCUGGUGGAACGCUGCGCCGGACCUGGAUCACAGCUGCCAGCGCGCCGCCCGCGACGUGCCUCGGGUUACCCUGGGGCUGGCGUCUCUGGUCCCAUCGGAGCGCGCAGGGACAGCGCUUUGGACUGCGGUGGCCGGCCACGGGUCGUCGGACAUCAGUGACAACACCUUCCUUCCGCCCUCCUUUUAUAUCUAACCUUCGCACGUGCUGAGAAUGUGGUGACCAAAGAAAUCAAAAAUCUUAGCUGUGACUCCAGACCCUUGUGCCCCUCUAUUAGGCAUCUGUAGUGAUGACCUCUGUCCCGAAAGCGAUGACCGAAAAGUAGAAUAUGGGUGAGAGUUGGUUUUAAAAAAAAAGAAAAAAGAAAAAGGGCGGGGGGACCAGGGAGGAAGCGGGGAAAGGAAGAAAGAAAGAAAGAAGCUGGCAGGAUUUCCGCUAGUCCUGCGGCGAACUACAUGUCCCAGGGAGCCUGGGGCGCCGGGCCGCGUGUCCACUCCGCCAUCCACUUGGAGAAGCCCUUACUAAGCCUGGCCCCGCGCACGGCCAAUCCCCUCGCCUGGAACCUCGGCUGGAACCUGAGACGGAUUCGCCCCCCGAAAGAUGCUCCAGCAGCAAAAAUAGCACAAGUUUAUCAUUGUCCCAAGAAAGGGACGCAGCGCGGUUCUUACCGGUUUUAGCAGAACAACUGGCAUCCUUCAGCUGGACACGCCCACGCUCCGGUUGUGACUUUGUGGAGACAGUGGAGAGGCGAGCAAGCGCCUACCCUGCACUUUAAACGACACUUCUGGAGCCGCCUUAGCCGCCGGGACCCACCAAAGUCCCGCUGCUGGUGUCCCCUUCUUACACGUCUGCAUUUAUCCGCGAAUCAUCUCGAGAGUCCGACUUGUAAAUGUUCAGCAUUUUGCUGCUUUACUGCUUUUUUCUGGGGACUGUUCCAGCACUUGCCGAGACCGGCGGAGAGAGGCGACUGAGCCCAGAGAAGAGCGAAAUAUGGGGACCGGGACUGAAAGCAGAUGUCGUCCUUCCCGCCCGCUAUUUCUAUAUUCAGGCGGUGGAUACAUCAGGGGAUAAAUUCACAUUUUCUCCAGGUGAAAAGGUGUUCCAGGUUAAAAUCUCAGCACCAGAUGAGCAGUUCACGAGAGUUGGAGUCCAGGUUUUAGACCGGAAGGAUGGGUCCUUCAUAGUAAGAUACAGAAUGUAUGCAAGCUACAAAAAUCUGAAGGUAGAAGUUAAAUUCCAAGGUCAACAUGUAGCCAAAUCUCCCUAUAUUUUAAAAGGGCCGGUUUACCAUGAAAACUGUGACUGUCCUUUGGAGGACAGUGCAGCCUGGCUACAGAAGAUGAACUGCCCAGGAACCAUUGCUCAGAUUCAGAAAGAUCUGGCGCAUUUCCCUACUGUUGAUCCAGAAAAGAUCGCAGCAGAAAUCCCACAAAGAUUUGGGCAGAGGCAGAGCUUGUGUCACUACACCUUAAAGAAUAACAAGGUUUACAUCAAAACUCAUGGUGAACAUGUAGGUUUUAGAAUUUUCAUGGAUGCCAUACUACUUUCUUUGACAAGAAAGGUGAAGAUGCCAGAUGUGGAGUUUUUUGUUAAUUUGGGAGACUGGCCUUUGGAAAAAAAGAAAUCCAGCUCAAACAUCCAUCCAAUCUUUUCCUGGUGUGGCUCCACAGAUUCUAAGGACAUCGUGAUGCCCACCUACGACUUGACGGACUCUGUUCUAGAAACCAUGGGCCGAGUAAGUCUGGAUAUGAUGUCUGUACAAGCCAACACGGGGCCUCCCUGGGAAAGGAAGAACUCUACUGCUGUCUGGAGAGGGCGAGACAGCCGCAAGGAGAGACUUGAGCUGGUGAAGCUCAGUAGGAAACAUCCGGAACUCAUCGAUGCUGCCUUCACCAACUUUUUCUUCUUUAAACAUGACGAGAGCCUGUAUGGUCCCAUUGUGAAACACAUCUCUUUUUUUGAUUUCUUCAAGCAUAAAUAUCAAAUAAAUAUUGAUGGCACUGUAGCGGCCUAUCGCCUACCCUACCUGCUGGUGGGUGACAGUGUUGUGCUGAAGCAGGACUCCAUCUACUAUGAACACUUCUACAAUGAGCUGCAGCCCUGGAAACACUACAUUCCAGUGAAAAGCAACCUCAGUGAUCUGCUGGAAAAACUUAAAUGGGCAAAAGACCAUGAUGAAGAGGCAAAGAAGAUAGCAAAAGCAGGACAAGAAUUUGCAAGAAAUAAUCUCAUGGGUGAUGACAUAUUCUGUUAUUACUUUAAACUUUUCCAGGAAUAUGCCAACUUACAAGUGAGCGAGCCCCAGAUCCGAGAGGGCAUGAAGAGGGUAGAACCACAGACCGAGGACGACCUCUUUCCUUGCACGUGCCACAGGAAAAAGACCAAAGAUGAACUCUGAUAUGCAAAAUACCUUUCAUUCAAAUAAUGGUGCUCUGAAGACUCUUCUCAGCGGAAAAGAAGAAUAUUUUUUUAAGUAUUAAUUCCCCAAUGAAAAAUCUGCUGUGUGAUUAUGUGCAUUAUGAAGAUUUUUCUACUAUACAUUAUUCCCAUGAUUGUCCUUUAAAGCACAUUUUUAGAAUUUUAUAAUAAAAGCAUCUUUA